AUGGGUGUAGACUACUACAAAAUCUUGCAGGUUGAUAAGAACGCAAAAGACGAAGAAUUGAAGAAGGCUUACAGAAAACUUGCCAUGAAAUGGCACCCUGAUAAAAACCCAACCAACAAGAAAGAUGCAGAAGCUAAGUUCAAGCAAAUUUCUGAAGCUUAUGAGGUACUUAGUGAUCCUGAAAAGAGAGCAAUCUAUGAUCAAUAUGGGGAAGAGGGUUUGAAGGGUCAAGUUCCUCCUCCUGAUGCUGGUAGUGGUGGUGGAACUAGUUUCUAUUCCACAGGAGAUAUCCCUGGAUCGUUUCGGUUUAAUCCGAGGAAUGCAGAUGAUAUUUUUGCUGAGUUUUUUGGAUUCUCAAGCCCAUUUGGUGGCAUGGGUGGAAGAAGUGGUGGGGGCGGCGGCGGCAUGAGAUCUAGGUUCCCUGCUGGAAUGUUUGGUGAUGAUUUGUUUGGAUCUUUUGGGGAAGGAGGAGGAAUGCAUAUGAAUCAAGGUGUAUCUCGUAAAGCUCCUGCUAUUGAGAACAAGUUGAGUUGCACUCUUGAGGAGAUAUAUAAAGGAACUACAAAGAAGAUGAAGAUCUCUAGAGAAAUAGCUGAUGCCAGUGGCAAAACCAUGCCAGUGGAAGAGAUAUUGACCAUAACUGUGAAGCCAGGUUGGAAGAAAGGCACAAAGAUUACCUUCCCAGAAAAGGGCAACGAACAGCCGAAUGUAACCACUGCAGAUCUUGUUUUUGUGAUUGAUGAAAGGCCACACAGCGUGUUCAAUCGCGAAGGAAACGACCUGGUUGUGACUCAAAAGAUAUCUCUUGUGGAGGCCUUAACUGGUUAUACAGUGCACCUCACUACACUGGAUGGUAGAAACUUAAGCAUACCAAUCAACAAUGUCAUUCAUCCUAAGUAUGAGGAGGUUGUUCCAAAAGAAGGGAUGCCACUCCCUAAGGAUCCAUCAAAGAAGGGGAAUUUGAGGAUAAAGUUUAACAUCAAGUUCCCUAAUAGGCUCACUGAUGAACAGAAAGCAGGAGUUAGAAAACUCUUGGGUGCCUCACUCUGA